UUCCUGUUUGCACUUCAGUUGGCACCUUGCGCGGUGGAGCGCUUUCCUUCUGUGAAGCAGGAAGCGGGGGCUUUGGGGCUCCUGGACAGGAGGUACUGGGGGAGGGGUGCUUAGGAGGCCAGGCCCUCCUCCCCUCCGCAGCCGCCCCUUUCUGCUGGCCCGGAGAGGCCGGGGCCCAACGGUGUCCUCUAGCCCCAAGCCGGUUCCUCUUCCAGAAACUGGGCCAUCCUCUAGAGGGGCCGCCCCCUCCCCCCUUGGUCAGCCCCAGGGCGUGUGGGAGUGUUGGUUAAACUGGGAGGGAGCCCUGCCCUGCCCCAGGCUGCCGGCACAGGGGUGCGCGGUGAGCCACCGGUGGUCAUGGCCUGGGUGAACCCUGUCUGCUCCCUGCUGCUGCGUGACCACAGGCCUGAGGGACAGGAACCUGGCCCGGCGUCGCACUGACCUUAUCAUUUGCCCUUCCUUCUUGUGAAAGUUUGAGAGAAGUGUGCAGCCACAGGAAAACGGGUGAGGCGAGGGUCCGUGGCGCCCUGGGGCAGCCGCACCCCGUUCCCCCAGCACUGCCCAGAGGCACAUGUAACACUCAUGGGCUGGGUGGGCUUGAGAACCCAGCCACGGUACCGCGGCCCAACUUCAGACAGGUCGGGGUGGUUCCCUAAUCCCACAGUCUGCACGAGGUCGCUGGUCAGACUCCUCGGGGGGCCUGGUCAUUUCGAGCUGCGCUCAGAGGUGGCCCCGGAGGCAGCAGCAGACCCUGGCUUGAGUUUCCGCGGCGUCUCGGGGAAGCACGGGUGAAGCCCGCGUUGGCGAUGCUGCUGUCUCGCGCCUGGCGUCCAGGACCACACGUCCCGGUACAGGCCCCGGGCCCCUCACUCCCCUUGGCCCCGGAGGUCCGGAUGGUCCGCUGUCCUUUGUCCUGGUGACAAAGACCUUUCCAGGAAGUGCGCCUGCUGUGCCCACAUGACUGUCCUCCCCCCCCCCCCAAGCUCCUGGCUCCUUCUGGGGGGGCGGCCGGAGAGCCUCGCUCCUUCCCGCUUCCGCGAUGCUGACGCUCACACUGUGGCUCCCGACGGGGCAGCGGCCGUCGCGCUGAGUCUGAGUUCCGGAGACGCCUGGAUGACUCCGCUGAAGGCGUUCAGCACCAACUUGAUACUCAGACUCACGUCUUCUGCUGGGUUUUCUCACCUGCGGGAGUUUGGCGCAGUGUGUUUUGUUCCAGAGCCGGAAAGGGAACGUCCCGGUCAGCCUGACUGCCCCUCAGGGCUGGUCCCUGAGCUCCAAUGCCUUGUUCUCUGCGGGGUAAACGGGAGACGGGGGUGACAGGUCUGCUCGGCAGAGGACCCCCAGCUCACUGGCGGGGGUGAAGCCAGGCCUCUCCAGCUCUGUUCUUAGCCCCGUGGUGCAGGGUUUGUAUGCCGCUCACAGCCAGACUCUCCCACCUGCUGUGCCGGCCACAAGGACCCUGGACCCCGGCCGUCCGCAGCUGGUGACUGACAGGUGUCAGUCUGGAAGGGCAGAGGCGGUCAUGCCACCCGCGGAUCUUUCAGAUCAGAUUGAGCCCCGUGCGCAGCUGAAAACGCGCUUCCGGUAUUUCCUCAGGUGUCACUCGUCAGUGUCGGGAGCUGCCUCCCAGCCAUGGAGGGGGAGGAGGAGCGGUCACCUCAGGAGCCGACGCCGACGCUCUGUCCCUGCUCCUGGAGAUGAAGCUGAGGAGGCGGCGGGAACGGCCCAGCCUGCCGCGCACCGUGACCGAGCUGGUGGCCGAGGACGGGAGCAGGGUGUACGUGGUGGGCACAGCCCACUUCAGCGAUGACAGCAAGAGGGACGUCGUGAAGACCAUCCGGGAGGUGCAGCCUGACGUGGUGGUGGUGGAGCUGUGCCAGUACCGCGUGUCCAUGCUCAAGAUGGACGAGAGCACGCUGCUCCAGGAGGCCAAGGAGAUCAGCCUGGAGAAGCUGCAGCAGGCCGUGAGGCAGAACGGGGUCAUGUCUGGACUCAUGCAGAUGCUGCUGCUGAAGGUGUCGGCCCACAUCACCGAGCAGCUGGGCAUGGCCCCUGGCGGCGAGUUCAGGGAGGCCUUCAAGGAGCCCCUGCCCCAGGCCAGCAAGGUGCCUUUCUGCAAGUUCCACCUGGGCGACCGGCCCAUCCCCGUCACCUUCAAGAGGGCCAUCGCUGCACUGUCCUUCUGGCAGAAAGUCAAGCUGGCCUGGGGCCUGUGCUUCCUGUCAGACCCCAUCAGAGGGUACCGAGGUCCCUGCCCUGGGUCAACAGCACCGGCCUCCCGCUGGCCACCCCGUGCCCGCGAGGCUGGCAGCGCGCCCUCUGCCCCCAGCAAGGACGACGUGGAGCGCUGCAAGCAGAAGGACCUGCUGGAGCAGAUGAUGGCCGAGAUGGUCGGCGCGUUCCCCGACCUGCACCGCACCAUCGUCUCUGAGCGCGACGUUUACCUGACCUACAUGCUGCGGCAGGCCGCCCGGCGCCUGGAGCUGCCCCGCUCCUCUGACGCCGAGCCCAGGAAGUGUGUCCCCUCGGUGGUGGUGGGUGUCGUGGGCAUGGGCCACGUGCCGGGCAUCGAGAAGAACUGGACCACCGACCUCAACAUCCAGGAGAUCAUGACCGUCCCCCCGCCGUCCAUCUCCGGCAGAGUGUCCCGGCUGGCCGUGAAGGCCGCCUUCUUGGGCCUGCUGGGCUACGGCCUUUACUGGAUGGGGCGCCGCGCCACCAGCCUGGUCCUGUCACUGCCCGUCGCUCAGUACUGUCUGCAGAGGGCGUCCGCGGCCCGGCCGCGCAAAUAGGAAGGACCAACACGUGGCUGCUCCCGUGUCACCGCUGAGGGGCGCUGGGGCUGGCCCCCCCCCAACGAGGAGCGGCUGGGUGCCACCCCCUGUGGGGGUCCAGGCCCGGCCACGCCUCUCCUCCCCCAACCCGCCCAAAUAAAGAAAUAUUUAACUGCUCUGAGCUCAGGCUUCCCAGCAGCCCCCUCCCCACCCUCAUCCCCGGCCCUGCAGGGACCGCUCUUGGGGUUCACGGGCAUCAGGACGCACUGGUGGGGGAGGGACCAAAGGUGCACACUGCCCCACCCCCCAUCCCCGGCCCCCAGGUGAAGGGGCGUGGUGGGCACGGCCAGCCAUCCCCUACCUCACUGUGCCUUCUCACGCGCUGGCAGCAGGAGCCCUGGCCCGGGAGCGAGUCCCAGUGGGUUCUGGGCCACCGGGUUCCUGGCUGGCAUGUUUGGGAAGGGCCAGGUCACCCCACGCAGCUCUGUCGUGGCUCCUGGGAGCGUCCCUCCCGCCUGGGCAGCUUGGCCACGCUCGGUCGCGGCGGGCGCACACCAGCUCUGCCUGCAGACGGCGUGUGUGGUUUUGGUUUUUAAAAAUGUCUGAAGUUUUUUUACUCAGGUAAUUUUAACUUAAGAGAAAAACUGAAGCAAAUGUCAGAAAAUACUAGCCUUAAACCUGGUUGGGACAAAGAGAACGUGUGCGUGGGGGGACCUCGAUCCCGAGAGGGUGAGCCCGUGGGAAAGGUCAGCCUCUGCAGGGGGGUGCCAGGCCCACCUCUGGCUGGGGGCUUCUGGGGCUGCAGCCCUCGGACGGGAGCCUUCCUCGGCCCCAACCUCAGUGGACAGCGGGCGCGUGUCCGCUGUGGGGCGGGACAGACGGAGACCCGAGGUUGGGCCGAGCCCACACGGGGCUCCCACCCCGGGCACCUCCCUGCGGCCACGCUCCGCGGGUCAUGUGUCUGUGACACGGCCUCUGUGCAGCCCACCCGGGCCCCGGGGCCACGCUUGAUUGUGUUUGUGUUGACUCGAUGUCUGACAAAACCAGGUGAAACCCACGGCCGUGAACGGGGCCGCACCGUGUUUUCCUGUCAUACGUGUACUCAUUCCUGAGAAAUGGAAAUAAAGUCUAAUUUUGGAA